GUGAGACCUUCCCACGGAUACACCGAACUGUAUUACAACUCUCGGACAAUUCCUAAUUAUCUAUCAAUGGCAAGGAUUGGUCUGGCACCAGUUUUGGGCUACUUGAUUGUUAAAGAAAAUUUCAGUAUUCCGUUGGGUGUAUUUACUCUGGCUGGAAUAACAGAUUUGUUGGACGGCUUUAUUGCACAAAAUUGGGCCAACCAAAAAUCUGCUUUAGGAAGUGCUCUGGACCCUCUGGCUAAUAAAGUUGUCAUCAGCGUCCUGUUCAUCAGCCUGACUUGUGCAAAUCUUAUUCCAGUUCCUCUUACAUCUUUGAUCAUUUUAAAGGACAUUGCAUUAAUUGCUGCUGGUUUUUAUAUGCAAUACAGAACUGUUCCUCCACUAAGAACACUUAGAUGCUUUAAUCCAUGUUAUGCCACGGCUCAGUUAAAGCCAACAUUUAUCAGCAAGACGAACACAGUAGUACAGGUCACCUUAAUGGCAGCUUCUUUAGCAGCUCCUGUUUUCAAUUAUGUGGACAGUAUCUUCAGACCUUAUGGUGCAUCAUAGCUUUCACAGUGACAGCAUCUGCUUACAGUUACUAACUGGCCGAAAAACAGUUUAGGUGCUAAACAGCAACUGAAGGAUCUCAAGAGUGAGUUGCUGACUUCCUAUUUUGUUUGUGUUGGGAUGGCAUUGCCUGCAUAAUAUUUGGACUAUGGAUAAAGAACACUUCUUUUGAUAGCUUUGUCUCAGUGGAAACCAUGUCUUCACAUUGAAGCUAAUCAGAAGUUAAAGUGAAGAUUUGAUCAUGUAAAUAUGCUCAAUUUUCAAUGCACUUUUUCAAUUUGUUGCAAAUAAAAUAUGUUUUACCUUAAAGCAAUUAAAAAAAAAAGAAUUACAGUAACAUAAUUGAAGUAAUAGUGUUUUUCUGCCACACUGAGGCAUUUGCUGUGUAGGUAGAAGGUUGGGUUGUCUGUUUUAAAGGCAAGUCUAUUAUAUAUGUAAUAUGAUGAGGAUGGCCAACUUUGUUUUUACGGUGACCAUUCUGUUUUCCAGUUUGUGAUCCAAGGUAUUCUGCUGUGCAAACAGCUUUAUUAUAGAGCCUACCUAGCAAUAAGAAUUUUCCAGUAAUAGAGAACAUGCACUGGGGUGUAGCAUUCUGUACAAAGAACACUUUAAUGUAUUUACAUUAAGGAUGUGAGAGAAGGAGAUAGAAAAGAUAGAAUAUCUUUGUUUAUCUGAAAACAUUUAUCUGAAAGUUUAGGCAGACCCCUAUAACUCCUUAUUCCUCUCUGGCUCAGAAGUGUGCUCUUCAGUGGUAUUUCUUAUUUUUUCAUGAAAUAGUCAUUGUCCCAUUGGGGUUCUAUUCCUUAAUUUCCUUUCUCUCUGUCUUUCUAAUCUUACAUCCUAUUUCAUUGUUGUAUUACUUAGCCAUGUGUUAUAUUCAUGGUCUGUCCUAUUGUCAUGUCUGGUCUGUUAUGUUUUUGAUUAUGUAACUACUUCUGUAAAGCGCUUACUCAAAAAGAUCUUUAUAAGUAUUCAUAUUGUAUUGUUAUGUUGAACAUACUUAAAGACGUGUCCCCUUAUCUUGACAGUUACUGUUCUGCAGAGUGUACUUUCAUGGUAUUACCAUUUCAAUCUCUGGUUGGGCCCAAUUUCUAAAGCAUUUUUUAAAUAAAAGAUUUCCCUAGAAAAUAUUCCAUUCUGCUCACCUAGUUAUUGUAAUACCUGAUUUUCAGGACAGUACACUUGCAGCUAAAGAUCAUGGCACUAGAAGCAUGCUAGUAUUUGAUUUACCUUAUAAUUUUGUAGCGUCCAACUCAGAGGUAGGAAGCAUAGUUGUCAGAGAUAAUGAGGCAGUUUUGCAGGAGGCAAAAGC